AACUGCUGAGCCAGGUCACUCUCUGGGUCCUACCCUUGACCUUUCUCAUUGCGGAAACUGCCAGACAGUGGUUGUCAGUGCCCAGCCUGAGGGGAUGGCUUCAAAUGGAGCAUACCCAGUGCUGGCACCAGGCGUGACCGUGAACCCUGGCACCUCCCUGUCUGUGUUUACAGCUCUUCCCUUCACCACACCUGCUCCUGCCCCAGCACACGGGCCACCCCUUGUGAUUGCAGGGGUUCCUCCAGGCGGCCCUCUGGUGCUGUCUGCCUUCCCCAGCACACCUCUGGUGGCAGGACAGGAUGGCCGCGGCCCGAGUGGGGCCGGGGCUUCCAACGUCUUUGUCCAGAUGAGGAGAGAGGUGGGGCCUGUGAAGGCCCCUCAGGCGCAGACGUUGGUCCUAAUUCAGGCCCCCCUCAUCUGGCAGGCUCCAGGCGCCCUCUGCGGAGGUGUCGCAUGUCCACCUCCCCUACUCCUGGCAGCUGCUCCUGUGGUGACUGUUAUGGCUGCCCAGGUGGUUGGGGGCACCCAGACCUGUGAGGGAGGCUGGUCCCAGGGCCUUCCUCUUCCACCACCACCACCACCGGCUGCCCAGUUGCUCCCCACCGUGUCCCAAGGGAAUGCUGGGCCAUGGCCACAAGGGGCUCAUGGAGAGGGCAGCCUGGCUUCCUCCCAGGCCAAGGCCCUGCCAGAAGACUCCUGUAACCCCAAGAGUGUCUAUGAGAACUUCCAACUCUGGCAGCACUACAAGCUCCUGGCCCGGAGGCACCUUCCCCAGAGUCCUGACACCGAAGCACUUUCCUGCUUCCUCAUCCCAGUUCUCGGAUCCCUGGCCCGGGGGAAGCCCACCAUGACCCUGGAGGAGGGACUGUGGCGGGCCAUGCGGGAAUGGCAGCACACGAGCAACUUUGACCGGAUGAUCUUCUACGAGAUGGCGGAAAAGUUCCUGGAGUUUGAGGCUGCAGAGGAGAUGCAGAUUCAGAAAUCGCAAUGGAUGAAGGGGCCCCAGUGCCUGCCUCCUCCAGCCACACCGAGGCUUGAAUCUCGAGGACCCCCGGCCCCUGAGGUUGUCAAGCAGCCAGUGUACCUUCCCAGCAAGGCCGGCCCCAAGGCCCCGACUGCCUGCCUGCCACCACCCAGACCCCAGAGGCCAGUGGAGACCAAGGCCCGCCUGCCAAUACCCAGGCCGCAGAGAUCAGCAGAGACCGAGGUCCCCGAUGAGAUUCCCCCAGAAGUGCUGCAGGAGCAUGUGGACAUCAUGGAGGAGCUGCUGGGGCCUUCCCUCGGGGCCACGGGGGAGCCCGAGAAACAAUGGGAAGAGGGCGAAGUGAAGCAGCCACAGGAAGAGGACUGGACGCCCCCAGACCCGGGCCUCCUGAGCUACAUUGACAAACUGUGUUCCCAGAAAGACUUUGUCACCAAGGUGGAGGCACUCCUUCAACCCCGAUUCCUGGAAGAAUUGCUUUCCCCAGAUCCACGGAUGGAUUUCUUGGCCCUAAGCCAGGAGCUGGAGCAGGAGGAAGGACUCAUCCUUGCCCAGGGAGCCCCUUCAGAUGCUCCAGGGACUGACAGAUGCUGAGGAAACCCUGAUCCCUCCC